GAUCACGGAUUCAACCCGAGGCUAUUCUCCACAUAUAAUGAAGUUUUUUGAUCCUAUUCUCCGCCAAUGAUUAAGCCCAUUAUCCAUCGAUUUGGGCGCAUUUAUUUUGGGAUGGCAUUUUCGUAAUAUUUUAGACGAUCCUUUUCGAAAGGCCAUUUACCAUGGAUUUUGAAGGCUACAGAUCACGGAUUCGGUCUGAGGCUAUUCUUCAACGAUGAUUAAGUCCAUUAAGCACCGAUUCGGGCGGAUAUCUUCCGGGUCAAUUUUUGGCAGAUCCCAAAGGGCUACCAUCACCGAUUUUGGGCUAUUUUUCCGAAAUGCCAUUUUCUUUUGAUUUUUAAGGCUACUGAUCACGGAUUCAACCCGAGGCUAUUCUCCACAUAUAAUGAAGUUUAUUGAUCCUAUUCUCCGCCAAUGAUUAAGCCCAUUAUCCAUCGAUUUGGGCGCAUUUAUUUUGAAAUGGCAUUUUCGUAAUAUUUUAGACGAUCCUUUUCGAAAGGCCAUUUACCAUGGAUUUUGAAGGCUACAGAUCACGGAUUCGGUCUGAUGCUAUUCUUCAAUGAUGAUGAAGUCCAUUAAGCACCGAUUCGGGCGAAUAUCUUCCGGGUCAAUUUUUGGCAUAUCCCAAAGGGGUACCAUCACCGAUUUCGGGCUAUUUUUCCAAAAUGCCAUUUUCUUUUGAUUUUUAAGGCUACUGAUCACGGAUUCAACCCGAGGCUAUUCUCCACAUAUAAUGAAGUCUAUUGAUCCUAUUCUCCGCCAAUGAUUAAGCCCAUUAUCCAUCGAUUUGGGCGCAUUUAUUUUGGGAUGGCAUUUUCGUAAUAUUUUAGACGAUCCUUUUCGAAAGGCCAUUUACCAUGGAUUUUGAAGGCUACAGAUCACGGAUUCGGUCUGAGGCUAUUCUUCAACGAUGAUGAAGUCCAUUAAGCACCGAUUCGGGCGAAUAUCUUCUGGGUCAAUUUUUGGCAUAUCCCAAAGGGGUACCAUCACCGAUUUCGGGCGAUUUUUCCGAAAUGACAUUUUCUUUCGAUUUUGGAGGUUACAGAUUACGGAUUCAACCCGCGGCUAUUCUCCACAUAUAAUGAAGUCUAUUGAUCCUAUUCUCCGUCAAUGAUUAAGCCCAUCAAGCAUAGAUUUGGGCGGAUUUAUUUUGGGAUGGCAUUUUCGUAAUAUUUUUGACGAUUUUUUUCGAAAGGCCAUUUACACUGGAUUUUGAAGGCUACAGAUCAGGGAUUCGGUCUGAGGCUAUUCUUCAACGAUGAUUAAGUCCAUUAAGCACCGAUUCAGGCGGAUAUCUUCUGGGUCAAUUUUUGGCAGAUCCCAAAGGGGUACCAUCACCGAUUUCGGGCGAUUUUUCCGAAAUGCCAUUUUCUUUCGAUUUUGGCGGCUACAGAUCACGGAUUCAACCCGAGGCUAUUCUCCACAUAUAAUGAAGUCUAUUGAUCCUAUUUUCCGUCAAUGAUUAAGCCCAUCAAGCAUCAAUUUGGGAGAAUUUAUUUUGGGAUGACAUUUUCGUAAUAUUUUAGACGAUCCUUUUCGAAAGGCCAUUUACCAUGGAUUUUGAAGGCUACAUAUCACGGAUUCUGUCUGAGGCUAUUCUUCAGCGAUGAUUAAGUCCAUUAAUGAUAUGAUCCCAAAAAGGCCAGUCUACAAAUUGGAAUUACUUGACGAAGAAGCAAGCUCAAGCUGCCUGAAGAACAUUCAUUUUUGUCAGUGUCAUUUUCCGUGUUCAAGUAGCAGAUUUUGGAGGCACGUUCUCUCAAUUGGCUCAAUGGAAAUUCAAAUUUAAUGGCUUGUAUUGAACAUGGAGUGAUUAUCUACAUCCUGGUAUGCUUGGUUUCUCAAGAAGAAGUCAUUAAGGUUGUUUUCCAAAGUCUCAAAGUUGCAACCUCAAAACUGGAAAACUGCCAGAAUUUGGAGCUCCGUUCCAGAAUCAUGGAUGAGAUUCGAGUCCAGAGGAUUAUACCACAUGAAAGUAGGUAUGUUCUACUACAAAGACAUGGCAUUGGAUGAUUGGAAGCUUACCUGGAAGGCUUUGAUCGAGAGGCUCAAAGAUGGCAUCAAAGCAGUUUGGUUACUUGGAGCUAAAGGCAGAUUUUCCUUUUCUUGUUUAGUUAGGAUUUCAUUGUUUUGGUAGUUUUUAUUCCUUUUCGUAUUAGAAUGUAAUUAGGAGUUUAUGGGACGUGUGUAACCCAAGCUAGGCCUAUUUAAGCUUUCUAUUUCGUUGUAAAACUAAGACUUUGAUUAAUCGAAUUGAGAACCUUUUGGUUUUUGUGCAAGUUGCGACUUGUGUUGAGUUUGGUGGAUUCCAAGCUCGUGAGCUCUUGUAUCGAUUGAAUAGUCACUUCAAUCGUGGUCGGGCAUCUACCUUUUAUACCAAUCGAGCGUUCCCCAGGUGUGGAAUCGUCCUUUUGGUUCCGUUUUAUCCAAGUUCGUAUUAAGAACGCGUUGUUCUUGAUUCGAGUCAAUCGGUUCUUCGAUUGAGUAGUUAGCUGCGUGACUUUAAUAAUAUACACCCCCCAAGGGGCGUAUUAAUUAAGCACCUAUUCGGGCGAAUAUCUUCAGGGUCAAUUUUUGGCAUAUCCCAAAGGGGUACCAUCACCGAUUUCGGGCGAUUUUUCCGAAAUGACAUUUUCUUCCGAUUUUGGUGGCUACAGAUCACGGAUUCAACCCGAGGCUAUUCUCCAAAUAUAAUGAAGUCUAUUGAUCCUAUUCUCCGCCAAUGAUUAAGCCCAUCAAGCAUCAAUUUGGGCGAAUUUAUUUUGGGAUGGCAUUUUCGUAAUAUUUUAGACGAUCCUUUUCGAAAGGCCAUUUACCAUGGAUUUUGAAGGCUACAGAUCACGGAUUCGGUCUGAGGCUAUUCUUCAAUAAUUAUUAAGUUCAUUAAUCACCGAUUCGGGUGAAUAUCUUCCGUGUCAAUUUUUGGCAGUUCCCAAAGGGGUACCAUCACAAAUUUCAGGCGAUUUUUCCGAAAUGCCAUUUUCUUUCGAUUUUGGAGGCUACAGAUUACGGAUUCAACCCGAGGCUAUUCUCCACAUAUAAUGAAAUCUAUUGAUCCUAUUCUCCAUCAAUGAUUAAGCCCAUCAAGCAUCAAUUUGGGCGGAUUUAUUUUGGGUUGGCAUUUUCGUAAUAUUUUAGACGAUUUUUUUCGAAAGGCCAUUUACACUGGAUUUUGAAUGCCACAGAUCACGGAUUCGGUCUGAGGCUAUUCUUCAACGAUGAUUAAGUCCAUUAAGCUCCGAUUCUGGAGGAUAUCUUCCGGGUCAAUUUUUGGCAGAUCCCAAAGGGGUACCACCACCCAUUUCGGGCGAUUUUUCCGAAAUGCCAUUUUAUUUCGAUUUUGGAGGCUACAAAUCACGGAUUCAACCCAAGUCUAUUCUCCACAUAUAAUGAAGUCUAUCGAUCCUAUUCUCCGCCAAUGAUUAAGCCCAUUAACCAUAUAUUUGUGCGAAUUUAUUUUGGGAUGGCAUUUUCGUAAUAUUUUAGACGAUUUUUUUUCGAAAGGCCAUUAACCAUGGAUUUUGAAGGCUACAAAUCAAGGAUUCGGUCUGAGGCUAUUCUUCAACGAUGAUUAAGUCCAUUAAGCACCGAUUCGGGCGGAUAUCUUCCAGGUCAAUUUUUGGCAGAUCCCAAAGGGGUACCAUCACCGAUUUCGGGCUAUUUUUCCGAAAUGCCAUUUUCUUUUGAUUUUUAAGGCUACUAAUCACGGAUUCAACCCGAGACUAUUCUCCACGUAUAAUGAAGUCUAUUGAUCCUA